AUGUCUUUCGUCGCCAGAUCCGCUCUCCGCGCCAGCCGCCUGGUUGCCAUGCCGCGUCCUCCUAUUGCCCGACAGGUCAUGCCCCUGAUCAGCGCCCGAUCUUUCUCUGUCCAGCUGCCUCAGUUUAAGAACGAGGUCAUCAAGGAGACUGAGGUCCCUGUGUCCGUCUACACCCCGGAUUCCAAAGGCGUCGCCAGUGGCAAUUCUGACCAUUUCAGCAUCCCCGUCCGCACAAAGGGUGCUCCUCCUCCUCCUGCUGUCGAGCCUGAGGAGAACACCGAUGUGACUCCCCUGGACCAAAAGGUGUACGAGCAGAUGCCUCCCACCAUGCAGAAGAUGUCUGUGAUGGGCAAGGUCAUCAUUAUCACUGGUGGUGCUCGUGGUUUGGGCAACUACAUGGCUCGUGCCUGCGCUGAAGCUGGUGCCAAGGCAGUCGUCAUCUUUGACGCCAAUCAGGAGCUUGGUGACGAGGCUGCUGCCGAGCUGCACCAGAAGUCUGGCCUACCAGUGACCUUCUUCAAGGUUGAUGUUCGUGAUGGCGCCGCCAUCAACGCUGCAGUUCAGUCUGUUGUUGAUCUCUACGGCGCUCCUGAUGUUCUCGUCAACUCAGCUGGUAUCGCCGAUUCCAACAUCAAGGCUGAGACCUACGACCCCGCCAUGUUCCGUCGUCUGAUCGACAUCAACUUGACUGGUUCAUUCCUGAUGUCCCAGGCUGUUGGUCGCGCUAUGAUGGCCGCUGGCAAGCCCGGCUCCAUCAUCCUGGUUGCCUCCAUGUCUGGCUCUAUUGUCAACUACCCGCAGGAGCAGUCUUGCUACAACGCGUCCAAGGCUGGUGUCAUCCAGUUUGGCAAGUCUCUGGCUGCCGAGUGGGCCAAGUACAACAUCCGUGUGAACUGCAUCUCCCCCGGCUACAUGGACACUGCCUUGAACAAGGUUCCUGCCCUCGACGCCCAGAAGAAGAUCUGGAAGUCUCUUACCCCCCAGGAUCGUCUGGGUGCAGUUGACGACCUCAACGGUCUUUGCGUCUUCCUGGCUUCCGAUGCCAGCAGCUUCAUGACCGGCUCCAACGUCCUCAUUGAUGGUGGAUAUACCCUCUACUAA